AUGACAGAUCCGGUCGUAUUGCAGUCGGCGGUCCGAGUGCCCACACCUCCACCUGGCACAUCCUAUUCUCCAAAUGCAUCAGGCUCACGAAAACGCUCGCCCCCCUCUCGUUCACCUUCUCCCAACCGUCGCCGGUCGCCUCCAGGUGACUCUGUAAGAGAAGAUGGCGACGCGCCACGGAUUGAUCCUGAACGUGCCAUUGAGCGAGAACGACAACUUGCGGAGCGUGUCCGUCAACAUGAGAAGCAGGAGGCCGCGCGGAAACCAAUGACGGAGGAAGAAAAGCAGGCUUCAGCCAAAGCUGAAUAUGAGAAACUUUUGAAUAUGCGGUCGGGAGGAACCUACAUCCCCCCUGCUCGACUCCGUGCGCUACAAGCACAGAUUACAGAUAAGACAAGCAAAGAAUACCAGCGUAUGGCAUGGGAAGCUUUAAAGAAAUCGAUCAAUGGUCUUAUCAACAAAGUCAACGUCUCAAACAUCAAACAUAUUGUUCCAGAACUUUUCGGUGAGAACUUAGUACGUGGGCGCGGCCUAUUUUGCAGGAGCAUUAUGAAGGCUCAAGCUGCCAGCUUGCCGUUCACACCAAUUUACGCUGCAAUGGCGGCUAUCGUCAACACCAAGCUUCCUCAAGUUGGCGAACUGCUGCUUAAUCGAUUGAUCGUCCAGUUCCGCAAGGCGUUUAAACGGAAUGACAAGGCGGUCUGCAUCUCGUCGACGACUUUCAUCGCUCACUUGUGCAACCAACAGGUCGUACAUGAGAUGCUCGCAGCUCAGAUUCUUCUUCUCCUGCUCCACAAACCCACAGAUGACAGUGUGGAGAUUGCCGUCGGCCUCACAAGGGAAGUCGGUCAACAUUUGGAGGAGAUGAGUGGUCCUAUUGCCCUGGCGGUGUUCGAUCAGUUCAGAAACAUUCUCCACGAAGCCGAUAUCGAUAAGAGAGUCCAGUACAUGAUUGAAGUCUUGUUCCAAGUCCGUAAAGACCGUUAUAAAGACAAUCCGGCGAUUAAGGAUGAACUUGAUCUAGUAGAGGAAGAAGAUCAGAUCACACACCGUGUUGGCCUUGACGAUGAGAUUGAAACUCAAGAUACCCUCAACAUUUUCAAAUACGACCCGCAAUGGGAGGAACACGAGGAAGCUUACAAGAAAUUGAAGGCUGAGAUCCUAGGUGAAGGUAGCGAUGACGAAGAAGAUGAGGACGAGACUGAUGAGAGCUCUGAUGAAGAAGCUGAAGAAGAACGGCAGAUGGAUAUCAAAGAUCAAAGCAACACAGACCUCGUCAACCUGCGGAGGACCAUCUACUUGACGAUCAUGUCUAGUAUCGAUUUCGAAGAAUGCUGUCACAAACUGAUGAAGAUUUCACUGCCACCCGGCCUGGAGCCUGAACUUCCGUCGAUGAUUAUUGAAUGUUGUUCUCAGGAAAGAACGUACUCAAAAUUCUACGGUUUGAUUGGUGAGCGGUUUUCUAAGAUCAAUCGUCUUUGGUGUGACCUUUUCGAGGCCGCUUUCGCCAAGUACUACGACACGAUCCAUCGAUUCGAGACCAAUAAGCUACGCAAUAUUGCCCGCUUUUUCGGCCAUAUGUUCAGCACCGACGCCAUCGGCUGGCAUGUUAUGUCCGUGAUUCACCUCAAUGAAGAAGAAACCACUUCAAGUAGUCGUAUCUUCAUCAAGAUUCUCUUCCAAGACCUAGGAGAGCACCUUGGUCUGCAGAAGCUGCAGGAGCGCAUGAGAGAUGAGAUACUUCGCCCCAGCUUUGAGGGUCUUUUCCCGACAGAUAACCCUCGCAACACCCGCUUUUCUAUCAACUAUUUCACAAGUAUCGGCUUUGGUAUUCUGACAGAGGACAUGCGUGAACACCUUAAAAACCUCCCCAAGCCGACAGUCCCAGCUCUCCCUGCUCGCGACGCUACUCCUGAAUCAGACGCUGAAUCUCCCGGAAGGUAA